UACCCAUGAAGCCUCUUUGGCCAAUGAGAAAGGACAAACUUUUGAAUGAUUUGGAGUUUGGGGCGGGGAACUAGUUGCUAAGCUGUGGCGAAGCCUUUUUGCCGUCCUAAUAGAAGAGGGAAGGGAUGGAAAAGAAGGUAGUCGGGGAAGAGUCUUUUCAGAACGCCGUAGGGGUUUUAAAUGCUGGUGUUUGAACUCUCUUACUUUCAGUUUGUCCCUUUGAAGUCACUUCCGCUUUGGGGCGGACACAUGCCAAACCUGUGGCGGGAGUUGGAGAUUCUACAGCGAAUACACCAGUGGCCAAACAUGGAGAUGUGUCCAAACACAGAGGUGACACGUUUAUGAGAAGACUUGCCAAGAAACUCCAUCAUCAUUAUAAGAUGUGAAGAUAAGUGCCGAUACAAAGACUUCCUCUGUGAAUUAUGGGAUCAUCAUGCCCACAAAUCAGAACAUAAAGAAGUGUCUUACACCGCAGAUUUCUUAUUUGACAAGUGACUCUUAUAAACACCUGGACUUUUUGCCUGACAAACUAAGAGCAAAGCUGCUUCCUUUCCAGAAAGAUGGCAUCUCCUUUGCCCUCAGAAGAGAUGGAAGGUGUAUGGUGGCUGAUGAGAUGGGCCUAGGAAAGACAAUUCAAGCUAUUGGCAUCGCUUACUUCUAUAAGGAGGAAUGGCCUCUUUUAAUAGUGGUCCCUUCAUCUCUGAGGUACCCUUGGACAGAAGAAAUAGAGAAAUGGAUCCCAGAGCUAGGUCCAGAAGAAAUCAAUGUUAUUCAGAAUAAAACUGAUAUUGGGAGAAUAUCGACCAGCAAAGUGACAGUUCUGGGUUACGGUCUUUUAACCACAGAUGCAGAGACUUUGAUAGAUGCACUGAAUAAUCAGAACUUCAAAGUAGUUAUUGUAGAUGAAUCACACUACAUGAAGUCCAGAAAUGCAACUCGCAGCAGGAUUUUAUUGCCAGUGGUACAGAAAGCCAAACGAGCCAUUCUUCUUACAGGAACUCCAGCUUUGGGAAGGCCUGAGGAGCUUUUCAUGCAGAUUGAAGCUCUCUUUCCACAAAAGUUUGGAACAUGGACCGACUAUGCCAGAAGAUACUGUAAUGCGCAUGUCAGAUAUUUUGGUAAAAGGCCUCAGUGGGAUUGUAGAGGGGCAUCAAAUCUUAAUGAACUUCAUCAGCUAUUAAGUGACAUAAUGAUUAGAAGAUUAAAGACUGAAGUUUUAACCCAGCUGCCCCCUAAAAUCAGACAACGUAUUCCAUUUGAUCUUCCAUCAGCAGCAGCCAAGGAAUUAAAUUCCAGCUUUGAAGAGUGGGAAAAAUUAAUGAGGGGUCCAAAUUCAGGUGCCACUGAGUCCAUCAUGGGGUUGAUUACUCGGAUGUUUAAACAAACUGCUAUUGCCAAGGCAGGUGCUGUAAGGGAUUAUAUUAAGAUGAUGCUGCAGAAUGAUUCGCUUAAAUUUCUAGUUUUUGCUCACCAUUUAAGCAUGCUCCAAGCUUGCACAGAAGCUGUCAUAGAAAGCAAGACUCGCUAUGUUAGGAUUGAUGGAAGUGUUCCGUCUUCAGAAAGAAUACAUCUGGUUAAUCAGUUUCAAAAGGAUCCUGAGACUCGUGUGGCUAUCCUGAGCAUUCAGGCUGCUGGUCAGGGUUUGACAUUUACUGCUGCAACUCAUGUGGUAUUUGCUGAGUUGUAUUGGGACCCUGGACACAUAAAACAAGCAGAAGAUCGUGCUCACCGGAUUGGACAGUGCAGUUCUGUGAAUAUUCACUACCUUAUAGCAAAUGGGACUCUAGACACCCUCAUGUGGGCAAUGUUGAAUCGCAAGGCUCAGGUUACAGGGAGUACAUUGAACGGUAGGAAGGAAAAACUUCAGGCUGAGGAGGAUGAUAAGGAAAAAUGGGAUUUCCUGCAGUUUGCUGAAGUUUGGACUCCAGAUGAAAGUUCUGAGGCGCUCAAGAAUGAAAUGUUAUUCACCCAUUUUGAAAAAGAAAAACAGCGUGAUAUUCGAUCAUUCUUUUCACCAAACCCUAAGAAAAGACAGUUGGUGACCUGUGAUGAAUCAAGAGUAUUCCAGGAGAAAAAUACUGUAGCACCAGCAGACCUCAGAAAAACACCCCCAAGAGAUUUCAUUCAUCAUGAGAGCAAUCUUGAACCUGAAGCUAAAAGACUGAAACUAGUCACCACCAAUGACCACUGCAGUCCCCUGAAGGAGAAGCCAUCCUGGCCUGGGCAAACCAAGGCUCCACUCAUGGACAGGAUCUCUGAGGCAAAAGCCCAGGCCACCACCCCACUUCUUCCUGGAAUGGACUGGCAGUGUGGUUUCUGCACCUAUAUCAAUAACUCAAUGUUACCUUUCUGUGAAAUGUGUGAGAAUCCUCGGGGCAGCGCUGAUAGCCUUAACCCCACCUGGGAUAAAAACAAAAAUGAGAAAGAUGAUUCUCAGAAAGACACCUCCCAAAAAAUCCAGACUAAUUCUGACAGUGAAAAACAAGCCCUUGUGUGUUCAGAACCGGAACCAUUAGCUGAGAACAAGGAACAAAUUCCAAAAGUUGAGGGUGAAGAGAGAUUCACACCCCAGCCAGAUGAUGAACAGUUGAAGAGUUCUGACACGAUGCCAGUAUAUGAUACCUUAAUGUUUUGUGCAAGUAAGAAUACUGACCGCAUUCAUGUCUAUACUAAGGAUGGAAACCAGAUGAACUGUAAUUUUAUUCCUUUGGAUAUAAAGUUAGACCUUUGGGAAGAUUUACCAGCAAGCUUUCAGCUGAAACAAAAUCGCUCCCUGAUUUUGAGGUUUGUUCGAGAAUGGAGUUGUCUAACCGCCAUGAAGCAGAGGAUAAUCAGGAAAAGCGGGCAGCUGUUCUGCAGCCCAAUUCUUGCUUUGGAAGAAAUCACAAAGCAACAAGCCAAACAAAGCAGUACCAAAAGAUACAUAACCAAAGAAGACGUUGCUGCAGCCUCGAUGGACAAGGUGAAGAAUGAUGGGGGCCGAGUCCGUCUGAUCACAAAGGAGUCCAGGCCACAGGACCCUUACGUAAAAGAAUGUCUUAAAGGUGGAGCCUGUGUCCCAUUUCUGAAUCCCUGCACAGCCCAAGCUGAUCUCACUGUGAAGGCUUCUACAUCUAAAGGCUAUUUGCAAGCUGUGGAUAAUGAAGGAAAUCCACUUUGCCUUCGCUGUCAGCAACCUACUUGCCAAACUAAGCAAGAGCAUAAAGCAAAUGCUUGGGAUUCACGGUUUUGCUCUCUGAAAUGUCAGGAGGAGUUCUGGAUUCGAUCUAAUAACAGUUACCUGCGAGCCAAAGUAUUUGAAAUUGAACAUGGUGUGUGUCAGCUGUGUAAUCUGAAUGCACAAGAACUCUUUUUACGUCUGAGAGAUGCUCCUAAAAGUCAGAGGAAGAAUUUUCUGGAUAUUACCUGGACCUCAAAGCUCCCAUUAGAACAGCUUAAUGAAAUGAUAAGAAACCCAAGCGAAGGGCAUUUCUGGCAGGUGGACCACAUCAAGCCAGUGUCUGGGGGAGGUGGACAGUGCUCUCUGGACAACCUGCAGACUCUGUGUACGGUCUGUCACAAAGAGAGAACUGCCAGACAAGCUAAGGAAAGAAGCCAGGUGAGAAGACAGUCUCUAGCAGCAAAGCAUGGAUCCGACAUCACACGAUUUUUGGUAAAGAAAUGAAGUAUAAAAAUUUUUGAAUGGAUGACAAAUGGUUUAUAUGUGGAGAAUUCAACAUUUUUUCAUAUUUGUCUUUUUUUCAAUAUUUUAAGACUAGAAAUUUUCAGAAGAAAAAUCAAGACUUCAACUUCCCUUUUCAUGUUAAAUGCUUUUAGUGUUCCCUGCCUUUUGAAAGUACAUAACAGAAACUGAGAUACAAUACUAAAUAUUUCUACAACCUUUUUGAUUUCAUGCAGACUCUCAAUUAUGUUUUGGUAAGAUUUUGUUAAGCUUCCAUUUCCCAUGACUAUACCUUAAUCAUAGUAUUAUACAUAGAUUGUUUUUGAAAAAUAUACUCUCAAGUACUUGAAAAAUCCUGCUGGAUUAGUAUUGGUUCUGGAUGGCUGUGUGUCUAAAUGGAACAUUGUAAAGCCAUAAGGGAAAUUUAAGAGGCAAAUCAUGAUUAUUCAGGAAUUCUGUGCCAAGUGUGACCUGCCUGCUUAGUAUGCAAGAGGGACUCUUGUUCACUAAAUGCCUCCAAAAUGGGCUGGGGGUACACAUUGUGAGUGUUGUCUUCUUGUUUUAUGUUUAAGCCAGUUGUCUUUAUUGAAAAGAUGCUUUUGAAAGUAAGCUAAUUGAGCCUAUGCUGUUUGUAGACAAUUUAGGCAUUCUAGCUAAAGUAAUUGUUAAGAAUGUUUAAAAACUGAAAGCAUAAAAUUUUAAAUGCCGCUUAAGCUUCGUUUUUUUUUUUUAGUUUGUUUUAAUGCCUAAUACUAGGCUUACUAUCAAAGCACCCUUUUUCUCCUGGUUUCUCAUUUUCUGUUUUUAAAAUUCUGUUUUAUUAAAAGUAUAUUCCUGAAACCUCUUUUAAAAGGAGUAAUGAUGAUAAAACACUUUAUAAGUAAAGCAUGAUCAGAUGGAGAUAUAUGUUAAAAAAAAAGUAUAAGGGUACUAUUAAAAUGUAACUGAUAUUCAAAAAUAAAAGUGAUGAUGAAACAAAA